AUGCCGGUCCAUGGCCCAAUGGGUCCGUCUGAAAGUAACAUCCACCCUGUUUUGCAACGCAUGAGCUCAUUGGGAAAACGAGUGAUGUUGUUGUCGUUUGAUAAUGUAGAGGCAACAACUAUUCCUGAUGGGUUUUGGAAGAAAUGGGGUGCAAAGGAAGCUAGUAAGGCUGAACAGAAACAGAAUGAGAUGAUCACGAAAGAUCAGGCUAAGCAAGAAAGGAGGUCGAGAAGGAGACCAGGUCAUGGAACUGAUAGGAGGCAGCAGAAGCAAGAAGAGAAGAAGGCAAAGGAGACAAAUAAGAUCCAGUGGAUUGUCGUCGCUGCAUAUAAGGAAAGGGCUGGAAGUGAUGACCAGUGGGAUUCGGAAUCGGACAGUUCGGAUAGACACAAGCAUUAG